AUGGGGCUGGGUCUGCGCGAUGGGAAGCCCACUCUGGCACAGCUAGUCUUCAAGGACCAGCCAGCUGGCAGCACAGUCGGUGAGGCGCAGCCUGAGUCUGGUCCCCUGGUGGACAUGCUGCUCCAACAAGUCAAUGAACUCAUGCAGGAAAAACGGGCGCUGACUCGCGCGAACGAGCAGCUGCAGAGGGAGAACCAACAGCUGCAGGAGCUGGUGGGCUACCUGUCCUACGAGGACACCAACAAUGAUAGCGAGCGAGUGUGA